UCUGUCCUCACCUCCAGUCUUGAUCCUUCUAUUUUUCUUAGUCCUUCCUUUUUGUUUUCUCUUGUCAACCCGUCCCCCACAAAAUGCACAAACUAUCAGACUUCCAGUGAAGCGAACGAUGGAUUCACCGAUGACGAGCAAAAUCUGGCUCCGCUGCCACAUGAUGGCCAUGGUGAAGAAGAUCGCGAUUAUAAGUCUGAUGCAGCUUGUAAAGAGGGUCGAUUUGUGGGCGACGAAGUGCAGACCGACUCUUCCGUGAACUCGGAGCCCACUCCUCGGCUCCGACCCGCCCUUUAG